GGCGCGAUGCUGCGCCGGCGCAGUGCCGCGUCGCGCGCUGAUGUCACACGUCCUCCACGACGCUACGGCGGCAUCUCUGUGUUUAUCUAACGGAAUAAUAUUCGGGUUUCCAACAAUGUUUCUACGCACGCUUUUCUUAAUAUCGGUACUGCAAUCAGCGCAAUAUGUCUUGGUACAGUCCGCUAAGCAAAAGGUGGAACUAUCGGAGUCCUACCUGCCAGUCGCAAUGCAGAUAAUCGCUCACCUCACCGACCAGAUGGCGUUUGAGGUGAAGGAUGAUGUCUCCUCACCGCCAGCCGCUACCACCGCCAGGCCUCUAGAUAUAACAACCCAGUUCCAUAAGCCAGGUCUCUACGCUCCCCCAUAUCCACCUAAACCUUCUGAUAGAAUCGUCGCCAACCAAGGCUCAUUCGUUCUCCUCCCCGUUGAGCACAACUCCCAAUACACGCUGAUAGAACCUCAAGAGAAGAAAACAGAUGAGCCGUUAUUGGAAGCACAUAACGAUGAAGUGAAGCCAAUACUAGAACCUGCACCAAAUGAUCCUCAUCUGUUACCACCUUUCGACCAUGACUUAAAGGUAUCCAGUCGCUCUGGUGAUGAUGAUGUUAAUGAAGAGAAUCUGCAGUAUCUGUCCCAAAAUGUCCGAGAUAUGAUUAAGAUGGCACAGAAUCCUGAUGACGACAGACUCAUUGAUGUGUGGGAUGGGUUGAGAGCAAAUCCUGCUGAGCCUUCAUCGAAGGGCAAGUUGUCAUCGUCCAAUUUAAGGCUUUUACUGCUAUACGACCUAUUGAGCAGGGACGCCAAGAAACAAAGGCUGUCAGACUACACGGGAUUUUCUCCUAACGUCAUGAAAGACUUGGUGGACUCUUCAAGCGGCGGUGCCCGGGAGCAGCUCAAGAUGGCACUGGCGAAGAUGGUGGAGAGAAAUGACUGCACCCAUGACUAUGCGAACAAUAGAGCCAAGGAGAUGGUGACCGAACUAGGACAGGAUGAGUCCAAACUGUCUUCCGAGCUCAGAUACUUGCAGCCUCUCGUCUAUAAGUAUUAGAUUAAAUCAAUGACAUUCUAUACACACAGAAUUAUGGAAUAUGCCACAAACGACACCAUAAUAAGCCUCUACUGCUAUAUCUAUACAUUGCCGCAUUUACUCCAGCUGCUUAAAACAUUCUUGGUCAAUAAGGAGCAGUGUAAGGCAUUUAUUGAGAUCAGUUUUGAUUCGGACAGUGAAAGUUGAUGCUCGACUUAGGUGAAAAGGGUGCUUACAUUGUCUUUAAUUAAGCACACUUUUGCCGUUUCCUUAUAUGUGUAUAGAAUGUCAUUGGAUUAAAUAGAUGUAUGUAGAUUUACUUAGAAUACUUCGGAUGAGGGCAGCGCAGGACCGAUCGUCGUGGAAAUCUUUGGGGGAGGCCUUUGUCCAGCUGUGGACGUCUUACGGUGGAUGAUGAUGAUGAAGAUGAUGUAGAUUUACACAACGAUGGUGACUCCUUGCCCUUUAUUUAGCUCGAUGAUAGAAAAUAAUUUAAACAAUACAUUUUAUAGAUGGAACUACUCUAAAGUAAUCUUAGGGUUGUAACUGUUGUAUUCAGAAAUGACUGACUCAGUUUAUUUUUUAUUUUAACCAUUUUAAUAUGUCAGGUUUUAAAAGGUGUCACCUUGUGGUGGCAACGUUUUGUCUUGUGUGUAUUUAAUUACGCAAAAUUUUGGAGUAUUUUAAAUAAUGAGAUUUAUUUAUUUCCGAUUUCAUUUGGUAAUAACCGCGGUAUCGUAAAUUUCGCUUAGUACUGCAACUUACUAUUAAUCCCUUUGUUAUCCACUUAAUGCUGUUAUAUCUCAACUAAAUUUUUAUAACUGGAAAGCAUAGCUUAUAGAAAAGACAAAAAGUGACAUAAAUUUUUUUAAUUGCUAGAUUUAAAUUACGUUCCUGAAAUAUGUAAAAAAAUGAUAAAUUUUAGGGAAUAUUUUUUUAAUUUGAAUCCUCACUGUAGUCUCUUUUGUAUAUUAACCCCUUAAUAGCAUUUUUUAUUCGAUUUUCGUUUUGUUUUUAUUUUGAAACUAAUAAAUUGUGCUGUGUCAUGGUCUGAGAGGUGUAAAGGUAGCAAUUGCGCUGUUACUCUAUUGUCGGCUGAGUGUUAUUUAUAUUGUAUCAUUUAAGAGGUUUAAUCGAAUUUACAGGUUCAAAGGUUUCUUAAGUUUAUUCAAAGAAAUGCUUUGAAAUAAAAUGUUUUCCAUGUUCAAAAUAAAUUUUAUAUUUUCAUCAUUUUUAAACUGUGCGUUAAAAAUGUUUAAUUCAUAUGCUAGGAGAUAUAUUUGCGCUCGAGAUAAUUUACACAAAAACGCCAUUAAUUUAAUAAGUCAAUAAUCAUAAGAAAUAGUUUGUAAACAUAAUAAAUCAUUUAUAAAUUAA